UUUCCGCCUGUCGGUGGCCAUGCUCGGAAUCCAGCUGGCUCGUGGAUGUAUCCAACCCGCUGGGUACGUACCCUGGAGCAUCUAUGAUCGUGUCCAGGCCGCUGACAUGGUAGUGUGGGGUCGUGUGUUGGCCAAACAUGGGCUCAAUAUACCUCCUUCAACUUCUUACACGGCUGAGGUGUCGUACGGCUGCCAUAUCCACGGGGAUACCAAAGCUCUUACGGGUGGGUUCAUGGUGACCAAGAUGGGGUAUGAGAACCCACAACAGUGCGUUCCUCACAGCGUCGACGUCGGCUCAUACUACUUCUUCUUCCUCACGUACGGCGAGGAGGAGGUGCUGAUUCCACAAGACAUCAACAUGCAGUCAGCGGUCAUUCCAGACACCCCAGAGAACAGACUUGAGUUUUCUGACUGCUGUGGAUUCACCUUGUCUGUCUGCCGACCAGCUGCAGAGUCUCUGACAACCAGCCAACCGAUGACCGUCCCUCAGAUAACCAGCCAACCACAAACCGUUUCUCGGACAACCAGUCAUCCACAGACCACCCCUGGAGGAGCAACUAUUAAUAUGACUUCCAUGCACCAGACAGACAAUAUGAUGACGACAACGGAUAUCACGGUUGGUGGCGCUGAACAUCUCGUCCAGGGUGACUUGUCCUGUAACUCGACCACCAUGUGGGUCACCUUCAGCCGGGAUGACCUGGUCCGCCAUGAUGUUACCAGCAUGCACCUGCGCCACCCAUCAUGCACUGCAGAUGUCAAUGGCACUCAUGUGACCUUCAUCUCGGCUCUUGACGACUGUGGGACAACAGUGGCGGAAAACGACACAACCAACCGGAUCAUCUACACCAAUGACGUUUUUGCGCCCUUGCUGCGCACUUCCACGGAUGGAGAUGACGUCAUCAAUAGGGACGAAGAGGACCGUUGGACAUUCAACUGUCACUAUGUCCGCGGUGAUUCCGUAGGUGUCGGCCCCCUGUUUCCGGUACCAUCUUCAAAUGUGGUGAUUCUUCACGGUGACGGCUCCUUCACCUUCAGUAUGAAGCUGUACCGGUCGGACCGCUUCUCUCAGCCGUACGCACAGGCGGACUUCCCUGUGGAGGUGACAGUGAAGGAAGACAUAUACUUCGGCAUCUCGGUGGAAGCCGCUGUCUCCGGCCUGGUGCUGUUCGUGGAGAACUGCAAAGCGACGCCGUCCCCUACCCCUAGCAGCUCGACACAGUACUACAUCUUACAGGACGGAUGCCAUCAGGACGGGACUCUUCAGGAGUUCGCAAACACCUCGUCUACUUCUGCACAUUACGGGAUCUCAGCAUUCAAGUUCACCAACGAGUCACUGCCAUUCGUGUACCUGCACUGUGACGUCAUGGUGUGUCUGGGGAACAAUCCCGGGUCCAGAUGUGACCAGGGCUGCGUCAGCUCGCGCAGGAGCAGACGGGCUGCUGACGACGGCGUUGAGGAACGCGCCACCCUCGUCCAGGGUCCCGUCAUCCUUGUUCCUGAGGAGAUUUCGGACGUAUGCACUGAAAGCUGUCACCUGCACGCUACCUGCAGCCCCUCCACACGCAAAUGUGUGUGCCGACCGGGCUGGGUUGGAGACGGUGUCCACUGCCAGGAUUUUGAUGAGUGCACGAUCGUGUCCUGUGGUGCCCGUCAGCGUUGCGUGAACACACCGGGAAGUUACGUAUGCGAGUGUGUUCCCGGCUUCAUGGAUGUGGGCGGGGUCUGCCAAGCCGCCCAUGCGUACCGUUCCACAUGCCGCCUAUUCGCCAGGAGCUUUUCGGAGGCACUGGACGAUCCGAAGAGCCAGGAGUAUAUGGAUCUGGUUGAAGAGGUCGUCAGCACGCUGGGAUCUCUGUACCAACAGACAAGUCUGGCAGGAGACUUUCUCGGCGUCAAGGUCAUCGACUUCCGACAGGGCAGCGUCAUCGUGGAUCACGUGAUUAACAUCCGGGCCUCUGCAGCCUUCUCUCCCGCGAUGACGUCAGAGGAGUUCAAGGUCCAGGUGAAGAAAUCAAACGGAACAGCCUUGCUUAUCGACACGGAGGGCAUCGCAAUCACGGAUUAUGAUGAGUGCUCUGAUCCGGAGAAGACCGACUGCUCCCCGCACGCCGCCUGUCUCAACACGGAGGGCUCCUUCUCCUGCAGCUGCAUCAUGGGAUACCAGGACAAGUCCCCGGAUGAGGCCUCACGGCCAGGGAGGGUCUGUGAACUGGAAGCAGGUGCCUCAGACAGCUGGAUCAUCCCGGCAGCGGCAGGUGCUUCAGCUGUAGCAGCUAUCGUCCUGAUCGCCAUUGCAACCGUCACGUGUCUGUACCGUACUAAGCGCGAGAAGCGGUUCAAGGAUGUGGAAGGGCACAACAAUCUUGCUUUUGUGGGCGUCACCAACCAGCCAACGGAGACUGUCAGCAGCGCCCCCUGUCGGGAUUGUGACAGCAGCCUCUAGAUUCCAAAGACGUUAUAUGAGAGAUUCUGAAGAUUUUUGUUACCUCCGUUAAAAUGGAGGUCAUGUUUUCAUUUGGCUUGUCUUGGUGUGUGUGUGUGUGUGUGUGUGUGUGUGUGUGUGUGUGUGUGUGUGUGUGUGUGUGUACGUGUGUUUGUGCAUGUUAUUUUCUCGUUGUCCCUGAUCUAAGGCGGAAAAUAAUGUAACUGGACUUGCAGGAUGGGAAAAUUGGUUUGGCCCGGCUCCAAAGUUGGUGCCUCAGGCUUAGCCCGUCUCCAAAGUGCUGGAGGAAAGCAGGGAAUGCACCUUUGUUAAAAAAAGAAGUAGCGAGAAAUUUACAAUAAUGAAUGAAGCACAAAAUCAACAAAAUUAUUAAUGGAAUAUUCAAUGUCUUCUUGGAGGGGCCGAUUUCGUUAAGAUUUUAGAUGAGCUUGAAGACUCGUCAUGAUUUCUUAUUUUGAUAUGUAGAUUAGUAGUCAAGUUGUAAUUUAGAUGGUCAGUGGUGAUUAUGCAAAUCAAGACUGAUUUGCAUCAUCGUUGAGUACAAUUUAAAUCCGCUGCGUUCCAUGAUAGUCCUUUCAAACAUGUGGCAUGUGUAGCCAACGAAGGAUGGAAAUUGCUAUAUGAUGCUAAAUGACAGGAAUUUUAUACUUUGGCCUUUGGAAGUUAAUCAAAGAUGAAUAUC